CCUACCCAACGACCGGGGCAGCCGACGUCAGCGUUUGUUCAGGGGGAGGGCCGGUGCUUCUUCAUCAUCAAUCGUAAUCCUCAGUGUUAGCUGAACAACAGGACGAAAAAUUGAGUGUCCGUCAACAUGGCUGCAGAUAUGGAGGAGGACAAGAAGGAGCAGCCACGGGCCCUCGAUGAAGAUGAUAUUGCUCUUCUGAAAACUUACGGUCUUGGUCCAUAUGCGGGACCGAUCAAAAAGGUAGAGAAGGACAUCAAAGAGAUAACGAAGAAGGUGAACGACCUCUGUGGUAUCAAGGAGUCUGACACAGGCCUCGCUCCUCCAAGCCAAUGGGAUCUCGUGUCUGAUAGACAGGCGAUGCAAGAGGAGCAGCCCUUACAGGUUGCAAGGUGCACUAAGAUUAUUAAUCCGGGAGGUGAUGAUGCCAAAUACAUCAUCAAUGUCAAGCAGAUUGCGAAGUUUGUGGUGGGCCUCGGGGAGCGUGUAUCACCAACAGAUAUCGAUGAGGGGAUGCGAGUGGGAGUUGACCGGAACAAAUAUCAGAUACAGAUUCCACUCCCGCCGAAGAUAGAUCCCAGCGUUACAAUGAUGACUGUGGAGGAGAAGCCGGAUGUAACAUACAGUGAUAUUGGCGGUUGCAAGGAGCAAAUAGAGAAAAUGAGAGAGGUCGUCGAGCUCCCGAUGCUUCAUCCGGAGAAAUUUGUCAAGCUGGGGAUCGACCCGCCGAAAGGUGUGCUCUGUUAUGGACCACCUGGUACGGGGAAGACUCUGCUGGCAAGAGCUGUUGCGAACAGAACAGAUGCCUGCUUCAUCCGUGUGAUUGGGAGUGAGCUUGUGCAGAAGUAUGUCGGAGAAGGAGCCAGGAUGGUGCGCGAGCUAUUCCAGGUAAAGCAGGGGGAGAGGGAGGGAAAAGGAAACAGCAGAGUGAAGCCCCUUCUUCCUGCAUUUUGUAUAGUGCCAGACACACUUGAUCCUGCCCUGUUACGACCUGGACGAUUGGACCGGAAGGUGGAAUUUGGACUGCCAGAUCUGGAAAGCAGAACUCAAAUCUUCCAGAUCCAUUCAAGAACAAUGAACUGUGAACGCGACAUCCGUUUUGAGCUCUUGGCCCGGCUUUGUCCGAACAGCACAGGAGCCGACAUUCGGAGCGUAUGCACAGAGGCUGGGAUGUACGCCAUCCGCGCGCGGAGGAAGACGGUGAAUGAGAAGGACUUCCUAGAGGCUGUAAGCAAGGUCAUUAAGGGGUAUCAGAAGUUCAGCGCAACACCAAAAUACAUGGUCUACAACUGAUGGAUGGACGAUCGAGUAAUCCUAUGGUGGGUUCGACAGUGUUCAUAAUACCGAUUGUAGUAGGUGAUCGGUUCGCUCAAUAACCCUUCUUCGCCCUUCCCCUCUACCCUCUGGCUAAUGCUAGGUUGGUGCCGAUUCCACCGUACGUGCGCGCUUUCUGAGUAAGGGAUUGUAGUAGGCGACUGUGUCUGUCAGCAAAAUCCUUUGCCUUUUCUCAUCCACGCAAGGGAAGGCCAUUAUGUUUUGUUCGUGAGCGGAAUCGAGCGCUUUUACUCCAGCAUGUCGUGUUCACGAGCGGAAUUGGGCGCUUUUACUCAGGAUUGUGGAAAAUGUUGUCAGUUUGAGAGUUUGUAGGGGAAAAAAAAUGUUUGUUCUUUGGUUUACGUUCACAUUCGACCAAUCUUCUUUCACAAUAUGGCUACUGGAUGUGAUGUGCACGGUUCUGUGUAUGGUUCUGUGUACGGUUCUGCGGCUUUCCCCAUUGUCAUGACGUCUUUAAUUCUUUCUUUCUUCUCCUUCUGAAGAGAACAAGUGGACCUGUUGCAGCAAUGCUGCGCCCCAGUGGCAACCCUGCCCUUGACACAGCUAUGGCACGCUGUGGGCUACCGUGGUAUUAUCAUAUGGUUUGCGUUAUGCCACGUGGGUUGGAUGGAUGGUUCCAUUGGACCCGGUGGCUCCAUGUGGGGCAGGGCAUACUGUGUGGAGUGGAUGGGAGUAACACACUCCCACACGCACACACGAAAACGAAGGCAGACAUGGCCACGAAAGGGCGGAAAAAACAAAAAACACAUGGCCAACAUCAGGCACAAUUUGCUGCUUGCCACUGAUCAGGCGAUGUGCUAUGAAGGCUGAGCGGUAUUCUGUGGCCCAGGUGAUAAUGUGUGGCUCUGGUUGCACGAUGGGGGGGCGUCUUACCAUGUGGAUCAUUUAAACAUGGGUUGGUUCAACCUGGCAUACAUCAAUGAAUUAUUCACAUGAGA